AUGCUUCUGAAAUUGCUUGGAAAAUCAGUUAGGACUGUUUGUUGUAAGAGUGUUGAAUUCUGUCUCUACGAAUGUACUAGACGGGUGACUAAAGCUGUACCACGACCCUCUGAAUAUGAACCUAUAGCAUCACUGUGUUACUAUUCCGGUAUACACAACCAUAGGGAAUUUCAACUGUUGGUAAAUAUAUCGGAUAUUGAAGGAGAUUUUCUAAAGAGACGAACAUGUAUAGCUCUGGAGGUUGGAAGUCAUAACACCCUUGCAACAGCAAUCCCAAUAUCGUCCACCGGUGUGCUGAAUAACAUUGGAAGUAGAGCCUCCAUAAGAAUUCGACAAUGUGACAAUACCAUAUACAUUGUGAUUUACAAGAAAAACGCUGUGACCAAAACCCAGGUCUGUAAAUUAACGUUUGAUAUUGAGAAGGAUAUUAUCGAUGCCAACUUUCCAAUCCAUAAAUGGUAUGAUCUGGAUAACGGCAAUGGGAAGAUUGGACGUAUCAGACUUUCGUUUUACAAGAUUGCCACUUUCCAAAACAUUACAGACUGUAUUGUAUUACAGCAGGCCAUCUUGUGUGCGAAUGAAUAUGCAAAUUCCGGGGUGGAUUUGAAGAUUAAUAUUCGCAAUCCUGAUAUAAUGCUAGAAGCAGAAAAAAUCAUCUUGUUUUCAUUCUCUUUAGAGGGACCUAUAAUCGCAAAAAAAGGCUACGCAUCGCAAAUGCUCUAUUUUAAGGCAGUACACACCAAUGGUGCCUGGUACUGGAAUUUUUGGAAGUCCAAAGAGGAGUGCCGUAGGAAUGUUAAAUAUGAAGGCUCCAUACCCAUCCUGAGCAUUAGCACAGUGUUGAGACAUCCUACGGAUUAUACCUUUUUUUAUGUACGGUACUAUUCCAAGGAAGGGUCACACGAUCUAAUCUUCAAAUCAGUGGAUCGCAGUAGGGACAUCUGGGCUGAUUCCCUCUAUAUGUUUAUCGAAAACGUUCGCAGGUAUCUUGAGCACUUUGACAACUUUGAUGCGCUAAAGGAGCAUCUAACUUGA